GACAGCUACCGUUUCACCGCUGUCAUUCCGUCUGCGAUCACGUUUACCUAGGCGAGGACUUUUGCCCCAACUUUCGGAAUAAAAUAUUCUGGAAAAAUAGGAUAUUAACGUUCGUUUCAGUGCAGUAUCGACUCAUUCCCUUCCAAUAUGCAACCGCAAAUCAUUCUGCUGAAGGAGGGCACCGAUACCUCGCAGGGCAAGCCUCAGCUAGUGUCGAACAUCAAUGCCUGCCAGUCGAUUGUCGAUGCGGUGCGGACGACACUCGGCCCCCGCGGUAUGGACAAGCUGAUCGUGGACAGCAAGGGUAAGGCCACGAUUUCCAACGACGGAGCGACAAUCAUGAAGCUGCUGGACAUCGUGCACCCGGCGGCCAAGACGCUCGUCGACAUUGCCAAAUCGCAGGACGCGGAGGUGGGCGACGGUACCACGAGUGUGGUGCUGCUGGCCGGCGAGUUCCUGAAGCAGCUGAAGCCGUUCGUGGAGGAGGGCGUGCAUCCGCGCAUCAUCAUCAAAGCGGUACGCAAAGCGCUGAACCUGUGCGUGGCGCAAAUCAACGAGCUGGCGUUCAAGAUCGAAAAGCACGACACCGAGAAGCACCGGGCGCUGCUGGAGAAGUGCGCCGCGACCGCGCUCAACUCGAAGCUCAUCCACCAGCAGAAGGAGUUCUUCUCGAAGAUGGUGGUCGACUCGGUCACGACGCUGGACGUGCUGCUGCCGCUGAACAUGAUCGGCAUCAAGAAGGUGACGGGCGGUGCGCUCGAGGACUCGAUGCUGGUGGAGGGUGUCGCCUUCAAGAAGACGUUCGCGUACGGGUUCGAGAUGCAGCCCAAGAGCUACGACAACGUGAAGAUCGCGCUGCUCAACAUCGAGCUGGAGCUGAAGGCGGAGCGGGACAAUGCGGAGGUGCGCGUGGACAAUGUGGCCGAGUACCAGAAGGUGGUGGACGCCGAGUGGCAGAUACUGUACGACAAGCUGGCCAAAAUCCACCAGUCCGGUGCGCAGGUCGUGCUGUCCAAGCUGCCGAUCGGCGACGUGGCGACACAGUACUUCGCCGACCGGGACAUGUUCUGUGCCGGGCGCGUACCGGAGGAGGACCUGAAGCGCACGCUCAAGGCGUGCGGUGGCGCCGUCAUGACGACGGUACAGGACAUCAGCGACAAGGUGCUGGGCACGUGCGCACACUUCGAGGAGCGCCAGAUCGGUAGCGAGCGGUUCAACCUGUUCCAGGGCUGCCCGAACGCGAAAACGUGCACGAUCAUACUGCGCGGCGGUGCGGAACAGUUUCUGGAAGAGACGGAACGUUCGCUGCACGAUGCAAUCAUGAUUGUGCGGCGCACGAUUCGCAACGAUUCCGUUGUGGCCGGCGGUGGUGCAAUUGAGAUGGAGCUGUCGAAAAUGCUACGCAACUAUUCGCGCACAAUUGCCGGCAAGGAGCAGCUGCUGAUCGGCGCCAUGGCCAAGGCGCUGGAAAUCAUCCCCCGUCAGCUGUGCGACAAUGCGGGUUUCGAUGCAACCAACAUUCUCAACAAACUGCGCCAGAAACACGAUUUUAAGCAUUGUUCCAGAAAAUGCAUCCAGGCUGUAUGUGGGUGUGGGUGGUGGGGCCCUUAUAAACGACAAACCAUUGCAAUGCACGUGACGAUAUAAGGGCACGACUC